AUGGAGCAUGUGGCAUCAAUGUCUGAAGGAGAUUGGGGUUCCUUGAGUGGAAUGUGUUUUACUGAGGAGGCGGAUUUCAUGGCACAGUUACUUGGUAACUGUUCGUUUCCAAAUGAUUCUAAUAACUACGGAGUUUCAUCUGGUUAUUGGAAUAUUGGUCAUGAAUCAAAUAUUGGAUCGUCAGGAGGAAGAGAACAUAGUGGUUUUCUCUUUCCUCCUCCGAGUUAUGAAAGUUACUACUCAAGUAAUUCUCGGCCUAUCUUGAUGAGAAAUGAUAGUUCAAUAACAACAGAACGUGGUCUGAUGGAUACUAAUAAUCCAAUUGAAGCAGAUGAGUACUUCGUUAAUAACAUGGAGUUUGAUGGAAACAUGGCUGAACCUCUUCUUCAUGGAAAAGGCUUGCAGCUAGGAAGAAUAGAUUAUGAGCGAUUUCCGGAAGAUCAUAGUCCAACAGAGAGUUCUAAGAAAAGAGCCCGGUUACAUGGUCAUGUACCAAAGAACAAGAGAAGCACAAAGCUGCAAACAGAUGUUAAGACUGGCGAGAUGGAUGGUAAAAACAAGGCUGUGCUUCAGAGGCAAAACUCAAUGAUCAGUUGUUGCUCAGAAGAUGAAUCUAAUGUUUCUCUCGAGUUGACUCGAAAAUCCAGAGCAAGCAGGGGUUCAGCAACUGACCCCCAGAGCUUGUAUGCCAGGAAAAGAAGAGAGCGAAUUAACGAGAGAUUGAAGACCUUGCAGAGUCUCAUCCCUAAUGGAACCAAGGUUGACAUUAGCACCAUGCUUGAAGAGGCAGUUCAGUAUGUUAAAUUUUUGCAACUCCAAAUCAAGCUAUUGAGCUCUGAAGAUCUAUGGAUGUAUGCUCCCAUUGCCUACAACGGAAUGGACCUUGGGCUUGAUCUGAGGAUUGGCAUUCCAAAAUGA